GUCUGGAUUUCUUGUGUGAAUUUUGAAUUUUGUGAACACACGACUGGCUUGCCAAAGUGUUAUUGUGCUCCAAGCUCAGCGUGAUAACCAAUGUGAAUAUAUUUGCAAAACGUGUAAUUAGCAACGUUUAGCAGCAAAAACUGCACGAGUUAGCUAAGCUACCUAGUCUGACCAAAACAUUAGCAUCUCUCGACAGCAGCAACUAGACAAUAACACGGAAACAGCUGAUCCAGCAGUCAGCUGUUACGGACAUAAACGUUAGACACAGCAUGUGGUAAUUUAUAAAUACAAAUAAUCGUUUUUAAGGUGAUGGUUAAUGACACAUGGUAUUAUCUUAAAAUGCCUGAUUUGGCGACUUUUCUUUAACGAUUUGUGUUGUGUUGACAAGGACCGAGUGCAACGUGACAUUGCGUAAUAUGUACACGUGACGUUAAAGCCCUGAUGUCCACUGUCAAUACGGCUGGGCGUCAACUCGAGUUUCCCGUAUAGAAUCAAGACAUUAAUAUGUAACGUAGCAUUUCUGGCAGACCUUAAAACAUAUUAGGCUAACUGACGCUUAAAGAAAACCCACUCUCGUGUAACGUUGCUCUGUGUAGACUGACUACUUACAAUUUUAGUGGAAGUAAACGCUGUGGACGUAGGAGGAGUUGUCCUUGCGGCUGCAGGAGUUUGUUGGCUUUGUUGCUAACCAUGGCUACAUGUCGCCAUCCCUGGCUGAGUCCGUGGGAGGAAACCGAAUGUUUCACCUACUAUGACAUGCUCACUCCUCACGAAAUUUAUGAAGUCGUGGGCUCUCAACUGACGGAAACCGACGUGGAAGUGUUGUCUUAUAUCUUGGAUGAAAUGUACCCCAAUGAACAUCCCCUUGAUCCAGAACAAUGGACCGAGACGGCUAGAGCACGCGACUCCGGACAGCUAGAGGUGGUCACGCCGCCAGACCCCCGACUGGUGAGAGCUUGGCGGCGGGUCCGGCCCCGCUGUCGGCCAUGUCCGGAGGCCGCGCGACACAAGCCCAAAUGCGGCGUGGAACUGCUGCUGGAAUUGGAGAGGAGAGGUCAUCUGAGCGAGGCAAACCUUGAGCCCCUCCUGCAGCUCUUGCGGGUGCUCACGCGACAUGACCUCCUGCCCUUCGUCUCACGCAAGAAGAGAAGAACAGUGUCGCCAGAGAGGGACUACCCGGUCCCGAUGGAGGAGGCCGCCAUGGAAGGAACCUCUAAGAAUACCAGCUGCAGCCAUGCCGGCCCACCCAGUGACUGCUCCUCGGAGCUCUGGAGGGAAGGGGUUGACCCUAUGCGAGCUGCAGCUCCUAUGAGGCGUAAGCGGGGCAAAGGGCGUCAGUGGACGCGCAGGAAAGGCCCCAAACCCCCGGAGUUUCAGCCUCCUCCAGUCCCCAACAAAGUCACCUGUGAUAUCCGUCUGCGUGUGCGUCCCGAGUACUCCGAGCAGGAGUCGGUCCUGCGUGCGUCCGUCUCGUCUACCAAGCGUGAGCCGCUGGCGCGUCAGCUGGACCUGUUUGGCCGUGCCAACGCCAUGCUGCGGGCACGGGACCUGGGCUCCAUCAACUGUGACAUCAAGUUCUCCGAGGUGUCCAAGCUGGACGCGUUCUGGGCAGACUACCUGAGCGGCGCGCUGACCGAGGCGCUGAAGGACGUGUUCCUCACGGACGCGCUUCGGCGGGCCGCCGGACACCACCGCUUGCAGCUGCUGGUCAGCGUCGACCAGGACGACUACGAGCAUGGACGCCGCAUGCUGAUGGAGCAGCUCACAGACCACUCACACCAGGUCCCAGCUGGACGUGAGGAAGCUCACUGGUGACGACACAGCAGGAGGAUUUUUAUUUUUGACCUCUGACCUCUUCCAUUGGUACUAUGGUGACGCUGACGAGAGGCUACAUCAUGUCAGACCACAGCAGAGGCCAAACUGCUGUGUUUGUGUGUCUGUGUGUGUGUGGUGAUGCUGAGAGACUGUGUCGUCAGACUGCACAAGAGGCCAAACUGCUGUGUGUGUGUCCAUACUGAUUAAGUAUCCUUACACCGUAGAGAGAGAGAGAGAGAGAGAGACAUAGAGUGUGUGUGUGUGUGUGCGAGAGUGAGUGGGUGGGAUGUGUGGUGAAACUACUGCCAAACUUCCACGAUAACUGGAAGCAGGGCCAUGGGCCGUAUGUGUGUGUUCUGUAAUGGGGGGGGGGGGGGGUUCUUGGUAUUGUACAGCAGCUGGGUGUUCUAAUUAGACUGAUUAGUCUGGUUUCUGGUCCUUUGUGUUUGAUUUGGGAAUAAUCGCCUUCAUCUCGAGUCUGUGCUCAGUAUUGCCCCCUGUAGGAGGGGGGCCUCUCCCGCCUCUACGGUGCAUUACAACAGGAAAGAAUGAUUGAAGAAGUAUUUGAUGUCUUUUUUUCUGGAAAUAUAUAGUCAUGCACUUUGUUGUACUUAAUUAAAUCUUAAUUAAAUAUGUUUGUGUACGUUUAAAAUAGUUUCAGAUAAAGUCAAUCUUUAUCAGCCAAAGGAGUGUCUU